AUGAGCACCGGUGCUCCUAAACCGGGUGCGCCAUCGAAACCCGGCCAAGGGCCAUUUGCGGCUGGUGCCCAGAACUCCCAGAGCCAUCUGUUGGACAAAGUUAACGCGCGCACAUCAACGCCGGAUUCUGAGGCUCUGGCAAGCUCAGAUGACGAGGCCGAUCAUCGGCAGGCAGCAGCACAUCCACAUAAACCGAUGAGGCGAUCCUCCUGGCUGAACGACACCUCCCAGUCAUUUAAUCGCCCCCGAAAGGGCUCUUUUGCUAGUGGUUCCAUGUCACCAACAGCUUCCCAUCCCAGCACACCAUCUGGAGAGGCUGGAAACGCUCCCUGGGGAACUCAUUCGAAUUCUUCCAACAUGAAUCGCCCUCCCGGUGGUAACAAUUUCCCAUGGGGGGCCGGGAUUUGGAACAAUGAGAGAAAAGACCCUCCUCUGCGACUCAGCGAAGUUCUUCCCUCCCCUACAUCAACUGUUCCUCCAGGGAUGAGUUCGAAUUCUUUCUUCGGACCUGAGCAUGGAAUUCCUCAGGCCUCACCAAAUACCCGCGAACCAGGACCGAAUCCUCAGAUUCCCUUUGCGAUCCCUCUUCACCCUACACCGAAAACAUAUCGAUCCCAAUCGUAUUCAGUUGGUCAGAUGGAGCUCGAAUCAUCUGCGCCUCCUUCCAUGAGUUCUUCUGCUGUUCUCGGGAGGGCAAGACAUCCUGCCCUGCAGCACCGACCCUCCCGCCCCAGCAUGUUGAGCGAGAUGGCCAGCGACGGCUCAAUGCUAGGAAAGGUCAAGGAGGUUGAUGACGAUGAGGAGGAGGGCAGCCUUAGCGAAUCAUUGCAAGGGUCAUUCACGCAGAGCGCCGAGUCGAAGACAAUCGAAAUGCUUGCCAGGGAAAACGCUUUACUUCGGCAGCAGCAGUAUGCCAGGGUUCGACCUCGCGCGAUGACCGGGACAUCGUAUUUUGGCAAUGGAUAUUCCACGGUACCCGAAGAAUCCGAUUUCGCUAUUGACGAGCUGGAUGAGUUGAACGACGGCGGUGAAUCCUUUGCUAGGCGAGCUGCCAAUAGCAGAAGAAUGAGUGAGUACGGCGUGGCACCGGUGCGCUCGCCCUUCUCUAUGGACCCCCGAAAGGUGGAUAAUUCCAACUUGAAGAAAGCUUUGUGGUCUACAUCCGCCUAUUCUCUUGGGGAUGGCUCUCAGAGCAGGCGACAUUCUUUUGCCAACAUGCCGACUCGGCAAGGAUCGAUUAGCUCUAUCGCGGACACAACAUCCACUCUGGAUAUAUCCACACCGGACGGGCAACAACAACUACAGGAUUAUGUGACCGGUCUCGCGGAGAGCAAUCAGGGCUAUGUGACGAGUGGUAACCCAGCAUCAUAUAUUGGCGUUGGCCCUGGCGCAAACAUACCUCCUGUAUAUGCAAGCCCGUACGGAGCACCCUACGGAAACCCACCUCCAUUCGCCAACCGAGCACCAUCUCCUCACCGCAACGUCUUCAGCAUGGCACAGCCUAGACAUAAUCAGCUCCUCCAUAUGGUUCUUUUCAAGUGUGCUCGGGCCGAUGUAUUUUACAUUCAGGAAGGCACUGGCUUGACUGUCAAGCCGGGCGACCUUGUCAUUGUCGAAGCGGAUCGUGGUACCGAUUUGGGCACUGUGGCUAAAGACAAUGUAGAUUGGCAAACAGCCAAGGAACUCAAGGAACACUACGCCGAGGAACAUUACAAGUGGUUGAUGAUGUACUCUCAGGGCGCAGCUGCUGCUCAAGAGGGUACCGGUACUACCCUGCUCUCAUCCCCGAAUGGACUCCAAGGAAGUGCUGUUGGGGGAAUGGGACCACCGACACAACACCAUAUGCAAGAACCGAAUGCUGGCGAGCUUCGGCCGAAAUUGAUCAAACGACUUGCGCAGAGCCACGAGGUCCACGCCUUGCGGGACAAGGAAGGCCAGGAAGCCAAAGCGAAACGAGUUUGCAUGCAAAAGGUCAAAGAGCAUGGCUUGAAUAUGGAGAUUCUUGAUGCCGAAUUCCAAAUCAGGGAUUGGAAGAAGUUAACCUUCUACUAUUUCGCCGAUGCUUACAUCAACUUCAACUCCCUAGUGACCGAUCUAUUCAAGAUCUACAAGACCCGCAUCUGGAUGUCAGCAAUCAAUCCAGCCUCUUUUGCAAGCCCAACUUUGGGCAUUCAAGCUCCAAGCGGAGUAGGACCUGGCGCUGUCGGUGUUGGCCGAUCAUCGGCUGGUGGUGAGAGGCGUCAGGCCCAACAGUCGCAGCCUCAACAGCAGCAGCUGCAGCAACAGCCUCAGCAACCUCCGCCACAGCAAGAGCAGUCGCCAUCCAACUAUGGGCCUAGGUCCCAGCCGAGUCGUGGAUUUCAGCCAACGGUCAACCCAUUAUACACCGGAGAGAGAAUGGCAGCGGCCGGCACUGCCUAUCCAGGGAUUGGCUAUGGCUAUACACAAGCUGGGGCAUUUGGGAACGCUAGGGCUGCAGCCCAAUUUGGACAGGCAAUCUCUCCAACUGCCGAUGGUUUCCCCGGUGCUGGGUUUCAACAGCUCGGAGAUUUCUCAUCGGUGCGCCAGCGUUUCCCUUCCCAGCCCAGUCCAAACCCUCAUGCGCAAGGUGUAUCGCCUAUCUCCUCACAAGCUGAUUGGACCAGUUCAUUCCAAGGCCUCUCACUGAACUCUCAUUAA